AUGAACUAUUUCCUCUGCGACUCGUCCAUCCUGAAUUCCGUGGAAGCUAGCGUGCUUCGUAAAAGCGGCGUCAAGUCACACCAGCAGUUUCGCUGCGACGGUUGCGACAGAGCUUACACGCGAAUGGACAGCCUGAAACGGCAUCAGACCAAGUGCGACGCCUCGUUGGAGAAGCUGCAAGAGGAGGUCGAGUGGCUUCAUCGGCAAAAGUUUUAUUGCAAUCAGUGCGGGAAAGGCUACAAAAGGUUGGACACGCUGAGAAGGCACCAGAGGCUCGUCUGCGGCGACAAGGAGGCCGCUAACGACAAGCCCUCCUCUUAA